AUGAAGUAUACAAUUCUCACCACAGCACUGGCUCUGGCAGCCAGUGCCUCCGCCGCAGCGGUUCCGGCAUCCACCUCUGCUCAGAAGCGCGAUUCCACGACCGAAUACAUCCCCUCGUACUUCAGCGGCGCAUGCACCAAGGAGAAGAUGACCACCCGCAAGGAAUGGCGGCACCUGACCUCCCAGGAGCAGAGCAAGUUCCUCGAUGCCCUGCAGUGUCUGAUGGACAAGCCCGCCCAAUCGGGCCUAACAGCCACCAGCAGUCGCUUCAGCGACCUCCAGGCCCUGCAUCGCGGCAUGACCAACACCGCCUACGCGGACAUCAUCCACCACGUGGGCCAAUUCCUCCCCUGGCAUCGGUACUACAUGCACAUCUACGAGACCCUCCUCCGCGACGAGUGCGGCUACACCGGCUCGAUUCCCUACUGGAACGAACAGCUAGACGCCGACAGCGGGAACAUGUUCCAGUCCUCGAUGUGGGGACCCGACGCCUUCGGCGGCAACGGCACCGGCUCGGAUUUGUGCGUCACCGACGGCCGCUUCGCCAACAUGACCCUGCACAUUGGUCCGGGCUACGAAGACAGCGAUUACUGCCUGCGUCGGGCGUGGGACAACGAGGCCGCUAUCGCGAACGCUAAUAGCACCGCGCUGGAUGCGUGUAACGCGUACAACACGUAUGCGCCGUGGUGGGAUUGCGUCUCGAACAUCCCGCAUAAGGGCGUGCAUACUAAUAUCGGCGGUGUGAUGGCUGAUAUCAAGUCCUCGCCCGGUGAUCCCGUCUUCUUCAUGCACCACGCGUAUAUCGAUAAGGUGUGGUGGUCGUGGCAGAAGCAGGAUCCCGAGAACCGGUUGUAUGAUAUCAGCGGGCCGACCUUGAAUGAGACGGCGAAUGUGGAGCCGGCGGGCGGGUGGCAGAAUGCGACGCUGCAUUAUGAGCUUUCUUCGUUUGAGAUCAAGCCCAAUGUUACCAUUGGGAGGGUGAUGAACACUCAGGGUGGGUAUUUGUGCUAUGGGUAUGACUGAGCGGGUGCUUGUGGGGUUGGAG